CAGAAAUUUCAUCAGCUCUUCCUCCUCUAGGCAGCUACUGUCCAGACUCCACACACCAAGAGAAAAACGCUUCCCAUCCCUCUCCAAACAAUGGCGGAUGCGAAAUCCAAGUUCAUGGAAGUCUAUUCAAUCUUAAAAACCCAAAUUUUCGAAGACCCUGCUUUUGAAUUCGACUCGACGUCUAGACAAUGGGUGGACUCUGUGAUGGACUACAAUAUACCUAAAGGCAAGCUAGUCAGAGGGCUUUCAGUUCUUGGUUGCUACAAGACAUUGAGGGAAGGGCAAGAAUUAACUGAAGAUGAAGUCUUUCUCGCUUGUGUACUCGGUUGGUGUAUUGAAUGGUUUCAAGGAUGUGCUCUCAUUAUCGAUGAUAUUGUGGAUCGCUCUCACAUGCGUCGAGGACAACCGUGCUGGCAUACAUUACCUGGGGUUGGUAUGAUUGCUGUAAAUGAUGCUCUAGUUCUCCGCAACCAUAUUGGUAGGAUGUUGAAGCUUUACUUCAGAAAGAAGCCAUACUACGUGGAUCUGGUUGAGCUGUUCAAUGAGGUUGAGUUCCAAUCGAUCUCUGGACAGAUGAUCGAUUUAAUUACCACCAACGACAAGGAUCUAGCUAAGUACUCAUUGACAUUAUAUAACAGGAUCACAGAAUACAAAAGCGCUUAUUACUCACUUUACCUGCCAGUUGCAUGUGCACUGAUCUUGGCAGGGGAAAAUAUCGAAGACCAUUCAGAUGUGAAGGGCAUCCUAGUAGAGAUAACGGCAUAUUUUCAGAUACAGAAUGAUUAUCUGGAUUGCUAUGGAGACCCCAAAGUGACAGGCAAGGUUGGAACUGACAUUGAAGACCGCAAGUGCUCAUGGCUGGUGGUCAAAGCACUAGAGCUUGCGAACGAGGAACAAAAGAAACUGUUACAAGAAAACUAUGGUAAACAGGAUCCAGCCUGCGUCGCCAAAGUGAAAGAACUGUAUGAUCUCCUUGAUCUUCAGAGUGUGUACUCAAAGUACGAGAAGGAGACCUAUGAGAAGCUGAGCAAGUGGGCUGAAAGUCACUCGAGCAAAGUGGUGAAGGGACUGUGGAUGAGAUAUGCUGAAGGAUAUGUUGAAGCUGAAAGGAGAGUUGAUGUCAAGUCAUAGAAGAGUUUGUUUGUUUUCAAUCUCUUGGGGGGAUACUGAGAAUAAGAAGCUGUUACUCAAUUCAUAAAAGCCACAAAUCAAAGGUAACAUGGUUGCAUUUCGGUUGCAACAGGUAGUUCUUUCGUCGUUUCGGUCGAAAUCGAUCCGCAUUGAUUCCUAACUGAACUGAAUUGGUGUAUGCCUCUUAUCUCCAACUGAGUUCGAACAAAAUAGUGAUUUGGUUGAAACCGUUUGAAUUGAAUUAUUAUUUGGUUCGAUAUGGUAUGGCGUGAACAAACCAAACCGGUA